GCUUCCCACCCCCGUCUCUGUCCAUUCUACCGCCGCCACAUUUUCUGUGCCUCCUCAUCCGCGACCUCAACGGCGGCGGCGGGACACGACAGGCCAGGCGGCCUUCAACCCAACUCUCCUCUCGCCGAGAAGCGUCGCCCUCCUUCUCUUCCCCGCCCUCCGCUAGUACUGACCGCGCUUGCUUGGAGUGGAGAUCCAUCCGAAGGUGGAUUAAUUUCUUGCUUGAAAUUGAAAGAUGAGGAAGCUCAAGUUCCACGAGCAGAAGCUCCUCAAGAAGACAAAUUUCUUGGAGUACAAGAGGGAGGGAGGCCACCGCGAGGGGCUCGUCACGCAGCGCUACCGCCUCGUCGAUAGGGACGACUACAAGAAGUACAAUGGGAUAUGCUUAAUGGUGCAAAAGCUCAUUAGCAUCAUAAAGCAGAUGGACCCGAGAGACCCGUUCAGAAUUGAGAUGACAGACAUGCUGCUCGAUAAGCUGUACAAUAUGGGUGUUAUUCCAACAAAGAAGAGCUUGUUAAAAUGUGAGAAUCUUUCAGCAAGCGCCUUCUGCAGGCGGAGACUUGCAACAGUUAUGGUGAAGCUCAAGUUUGCAGAGCACCUUAAAGAGGCUGUGACAUACAUCGAACAGGGGCACGUACGUGUAGGUCCAGAGACAGUCACCGAUCCAGCCUUUCUUGUAACUAGAAACAUGGAGGACUUCAUCACCUGGGUGGAUUCGUCGAAGAUCAAGAAGAAGGUCAUGGAGUACAAUGAUGCAUUGGAUGAUUAUGAUGCAAUGGCUUGAGAAAGUCUUUCAGCAGAAAUUUCUGCGCCCAUCAGGUGCAAGUGAUGGCAAAGAUUGCUUUGGAUAAUCCUGUCUGAGAUUAUCAGCUUUUGGUUGUAUCGAUUUGUUAUGUUAUCAGUUUAUCAACUCUUGACUAGUUGCUCGAAAUUAUCUGCAGUGCAAGUGAUGGCAAAUAUUGCCUUGGAUAAUCCUGUCUGAGAUUGUCAGCUUUUGGUUGUAUUAUGGUCCUGCAUUUUUGUGGCCAUACACUAAUAUUUAACUCUGCCAAUGGUUCGGCUCCUAAUUUUUUUUUGCUUUUGCACUGACUUAAUUGGCAUAGACAAUCAGCUGUGUUAGUGCUAAGUUCUUGUUCCUUAUACAUGGCAAUAUAUUGCUUUUGUUUUGGUACC